AUGUUACACCAGGUUUUGGCCCAAAAACAUUGUAGCAAAUCAAGUGAAAUAUCAGAAAAUAUCAAUAAACUGAUCGUACUCAAUUGUUUGGGAAUUAUAUUUGAAAUUCGAGAAGAAUCCUUGAAAAAUUAUCCUAAUACAUUAUUAGGUGAUGCUGAACGUCGUGCAAAAUUUUUUAAUUUAUCUAAAAGACAAUUUGUGGUUGAUCGACAUAUUGCUUCAUUCGAAGCAAUAUUAAAUUAUUAUGAGACAGGAAAAUUGAACAUUCCGGGUGCUGUAAAAUACAACGCCGAUGCCAGAAAGAAUGUUAAAAACCCGCAUCAAGGCUCGCAUAUUGUAGAAAAAGCAUCAGAACUAUGUAAUAUACAAAGUCGAUCACCAACAGCCAUUGUUGGUGCCUGCAUUUAUAUGGCUGCGAUUGCGUGUGCUGUCUAUGAACCAGCCAUAUUUCUUGAAGAAUUAAAAUAUUUUGAAUUGGGUGAUGAAGUAAUACAAAAAUUUUAUGAAACACAAGUGGGUGAUGGCGUUAUUGAAGAUAUACGAUAUGUACCGAAAAAUUCAUUUUUUACAACUAUCUGGAUUACAUUAGAAUAUAGUGAUAGUUCAUUUUUAGCACAAACAACAAAUUUUAUAUGUUUAAUUGUCUCAUUAUUAUACAUAUUCAUAAUAACGGUAGAGUUUUUACCAAGUUUAAGUCGAGAAAAACAAAUUUGUUACAGCAAAGUUGUGAAUGAUAAAUAUUGUGAUCAAAUAUUUUUGGAUUUUCGUCCAUUUAAAAACGGAUGGAUAUAUAAAAUUGAAUCAACGUGCACCAUUCUUAUAACUAUUGAAUAUUUACUUCGAUUUAUAACAUCUCCAUUUAAAUUCAAAUAUUUACUAUCCAUCCUAUCUAUUAUUGAAUUAAUUAUAAUCACAAGUGGAUGGAUGUAUAUAGUGCUAACUAUAUUUAAAUUUUAUCUGGAUAAACCAUUUUUAGCUAUGAAUGUUUAUAGACUCUUGGCAAUUUUUAGAUUAUUUCGAUUAUUUCAUCUUUGUCGAUUUAUUAAAUCAACAAAAAUUUUAUUAUUAGGUCUUGUUGGCAUAUCAUUACCAUUACCGCCAAUUUAUCAAAUAUUUCAAACAAUUUACAAAAUGGAAACAAUGGAAAAACGAUUUACAAUUGUUAAAUAUGACACUACAUCACUCACAACAUUGGCAGAACACGAAAAUACAGCUAAAACUGAUGCAUUACAACAUCAUUCUCAUCAUCAUACACGUAAUCGUCAACAUCGUCAACAACGUACAUCAAAUUCAUUAAUUCAAGAUCAUAAUUCAAAUUCAAGUGAGACGCACAAUAAUCAAUCAUCAAAAGAGAAGAUAAUGGAAAGUGCAUCAGAACAUUCAGUAAUUUAUCGAUAUUAUCAAGGAAAUUCGGAUAAUAUUGUUAGUGAACAUUUUGAAAAAGCAUUAAAAACACCAUCAUCACAAACAUUGAACAGUAGUCUAUUUCAUGCAACAAAUUCGUAUUCAAGAACAAAUAAUCGAUCGUAUCAUGUUCCCUUGUCGUCUAGUUCUUUUUGGCCAAGUUAUGUUUAUCAUCCAAAUUAUUCAAGUACAAUUAGUGAUCCAUAUCUUAAUGAUCCAUGGAUGCAUUCUUAUUCGUUAACAGCAGCAGCACUAGCGAAUCCAUUUUCACAUAGAUCAACAGGUCAAACACCAUUUUCUUACACUUCAAAUUCACCUCUAACAUCUGCUAUUAGUGGAAAUGAUCAACGAUUUUAUUCACCAUUACAUUCGACAACUAGCACGAACAGCAGUACAGGUACGGGACAUCAUCAUCAUGUGCCAUCUUCUUCACACAGUAAUCGAUCAUUCAAUCAUCAUCAUUCGACAAUUCAGCCGUCUGACGUUGCGGCAGCUUCGAAUGCAGUGGCAGCAGCUGCAGCCGCAGCCGCUGCUGCUGCCGCUGCUUCUGUUAAUUUACAAGUCAAAAAUCAUUUUGAUUCAGCUAAAACAACUCCGUCUCAUCACACAUAUUCACCAACAUCAUCGAGUGCAUUGGCAACAAAUAUAAAUCAUUUUUCAUCUUCACUCGAUUAUGGAACAAGUCCAACAGGAGCAUUUAAUAGUCAAGCUUCCUAUCAAGGUAUCAUAAAUACAGGGAAAUAG